AGGCGCCAGGCGCAACUGUGUGCGCUGAGCUCUGGGACUCUCGUUUUAAUUGCUCACGUUCCGUAAUUUUUUUUUGUUUGUUUGUUUGUUUGAUUUGAGUUAGCGUACGCGAUUGCAGCCGCUGUCAAUCCUUAGAAGGACAAGUGCAACAUUUUAGCUUGCAUUUUCUUUUUUUUUCGUCCUAGUCGUGCUCGCUGUGUCUAUGCUUCUGCUGAGGUGGAGGGGAGAAGGUAGAAUGGGCGAAACCCUCAGGUUUUCUCUGUAACUCUGGAAAUGGAUUCGACGUUCUCGCGGGGAGACAAAGACGAUGAGGUCCACCUGGGGGAGCUGGGACAUGGCCGAGUGAGGAUGCGAGAGCGGACCCUGUGGGACUACCCCCCGCAGUUCUCCUGGGCCAUGGAGGGGGAGUCCUUCACCUCGCCGCUGCUGCAGGCGGGGGGCCCCCCGGUGGCCGACAUUGGCAUGACGCUGGAGCAGAAGACCACCUUCGCCUUCGUCAUCUUCCUCUUCGUCUUCCUCGGCAUCCUGAUCGUGCGCUGCUUCCGCAUCCUGCUGGACCCCUACCGGAGCAUGCCCACCUCCACCUGGGGGGACGGCCUGGACGGGCUGGAGAAGGGCCAGUUCGACUACACCCUGGCCUAACGACACCGUGCCCACAUCCCCCACCCAUGCUCACAUCAUCGCCCCCCUGACUGACCCCC